AUGGAGGCCAAAAAAGCUAACUGGGCUGAUCAAAGUGAUGAAGAACAGGGCUCAGACACCGAAGUUCCUGCAGCCCCUAAAGCUCAUCCAGCCCCAAAAGAGCCUCGUCCACGACAAGAUCUUUCUGCUUAUAUUCAAAGUAAAGAGCCUCCUUUCUAUUUUAAGCUCAUAAAUAUUCCUUUCUCAUGUGACAAAGCCUCAGAUAUCCAAGGCUUUUUCGGACUAACUGACGAAGACUUGUCCUCAAAAAAAGCUAGCAUUAAAAUGAUUCAUUUUGAAGAAAAAUUCAAAGGAGUUGCAUAUGUUAACGCAUGGGAUGCUGAAAUUGCAAAAAAAAUUGUAGAGAAAAACGAGACUGAGCUAAAAGGAAGAAAAAUAGGAAUUUUAGUAGAAACAAAAGGACCGUCAGAAGGCAGAGGGAAUAGAGGAAAAGAUAGAAAACCAAGAGAAGGGUUCAGAAGAGAAGAAGGAAAAGAUGUAGAUAAAGAGCAAAGAAGAGGAGGGUAUAGAGGGAAAAAGCCUUAUGCACCUAGAGGAAAAGGACAGUUUAGACAGCAAGAAGAGGAAAAGAAAGAAGAAAAAAAAGAGGAAAAUAUAGAUGAUGUGUGGGGAGAAAGCGCUGAAAUUACAGAGCCUGCUGAGCUACUUCAAGGCAACUUGAGAAGUGCUGAAAUCCUGGUUUCUCUUGGUAGAGGUUUUCCUAAUCGAUCUCCCCAAAUGCGGACUUGCUGGGAGCCUCCAUUUCCACCCCAAGAAUCAGUAUUUCAAGCCCUGCUUAGUUUAGACUAGAUUGUCCAUUAUGCAGGACCCUUUCCAACUGGAAAGACAAGCCUUUGAGCUUUUCUAAGGAAGUUGAAAUAAAGAAAGCAGAAGAACCAAAAGUUGUAAAAGAAAGAGUCGUAAAGCCUAGGGCUUGGGGUGACCCAACUGAAGCCGCUUCAAUAUUGGCGAAGCCUUCACAAGCUCAACCUCCUGAGGUGAAAAAGCAUGCACCCUAUGAGCAUAGAGGAGACGAAAAACCAAGAGGUAGAGGAAAAUUCAGAGGCAGAAGGCCUAAUAAAGAUUAA